AACAUAAAAGUUGCUGUUAGAGUCCGACCCUUUAACAACAGAGAAUGGAAGAGGAAAGCCACAUUGAUAGUGUCCAUGGGCCGACGGACGACAUUCAUCCAACAUCCACAAAGAAGCGACGACGACUCCGUCAAAUCAUUCCAGUUCGAUUUCUCCUACUGGUCACACGAUGGAUUCCAAUACAUCGCUACACAGUCCCUCAUAUUUAAUGAUCUCGGCUCUGACAUCCUGCAAAAUGCCUGGCUGGGAUACAACAGCUCCCUCUUUGCAUACGGACAAACUGGGAGUGGGAAAUCUUACUCCGUGAUGGGUCAUGGAGUUAACAAGGGUUUAAUUCCGAAUUGUUGCGAGGAGUUAUUCAAACAAAUUCAAAACAGAAACAAUUUGAAGAACGCUGCUGGGAGUGAAUGUGAUGAUGCCAAUACAGACGUGAAGAUGAGCAUGUUGGAGAUCUACAACGAACGCGUGUAUGACUUGCUCUCCACUGACCAGUCCACUGAUAGGUACCUCAAAGUCAGAGAGGACAGGAACAAAGGAUUUUUUGUGGAGAACUUGACAGUAGUGGUGGUGACGUGUUACGCGGAGAUGGAGAGAUGGAUCGAGGAAGGAAACAAGAUGAGGACCAUUGCCGCUACAAAAAUGAAUGACGCCAGCAGUCGUGCACACACCAUCACAACGAUCCAGCUGACCCAAAACUUCUUGAGGACGAAGAAAACUCUGCGCUCAGAUAUCAGUCUAGUGGAUCUAGCCGGCAGUGAACGACAGAAGCAGACGGAAACAACAGGCGAUCGAUUCAAAGAGUCUAAAAAUAUCAACCAAUCACUGGCCACCCUAGGAAACGUCAUUCACGAUCUCGUUGAACUGACGACGAAGAAGAAAAAAAUCGCCGUUCGGUACAGAGAUUCCGUGCUAACACAGCUGCUGAAGAACACGCUUGGAGGAAACAGCAGAACUGUUAUGCUACCAUCAGUCCAGAUGCCGAAAACUACGAACAGACAUUAUCAACCCUCAGAUAUGGUUCACAGUUUCAUUAAUUUCUUUAUAAUCAAUUUUAAUUAAGAUUAAUUAGACAUUCGGGUACACACUUGUAUAAAUACUGACUUGGUAGUUAGGCUUCUCACAUAGGUUCAAUAAAUAGCUGAUUAAUAUUAAAAUGUUAUUAUUAUUGAAUUGAUAAAAAUUAAUACCAACAAAAACAGAAACAAAAAAAACUUGUCGAAUUUUAACUAAUUAACCAAUGACAUUAAAUCAGCGGAUAGAGUGAAAGAAAUAAAAACGAAAGCAACGAUAAACCAGAUGUCUACAAGGGCGAUGAUUGAGAACUUGAUAGCUGAGAAGGAGAUGCUGCUGAAAGAUUUUGAAUCCUACAAGAACAUGAAAGGGCCGCACUACAAUGCUGAUGAAUUGAAAGCCAUGAAGAACAAGCAAUUGCAGGAGAUCGACAAGUACAAACAGCAGAUGAGAAACAUGCAGGCAGCUUAUGAGGAGCAGCUGAAGGAGGCUGAGAUGCAACUUAAGGGGAUGAAAGAGGAGGAUGAGUUGAUGGUGCAGAGGAGGAAACAUCACUGCUACAUCAGCAACCUCAACCAGGAUCCAGCCCUCUGCGGAAAAAUUUUCUUCUUCUUCGAAAAAGACGUGAACAGCGUCGGGAAC